AUUUAUAAUAUCCAUUUUGUCGUACUCACGUAAGACGUACACAAAACUAGUGUUGUGAGAUCAGUAACCAAAAUCGGCAGCACAAUACUAGCCUUCCAGUCCACCGGGCCGCACAGUCAAAAGCCUUUCGGUUGUUACGAGCUUCAAAGUAUUUGCCAGCUUUUUCACAACUAGGUUGAUUUCUGGGUGGCAUUUGAACUAGUAAGAAGAUAAUUGUUUCGAUCAUGACAUCCAAGUCGAUGGAUUAUGAGAAUCUGAACGAAAAUGUGAAGAAGUGUCAAUAUGCUGUCAGAGGUGAGCUGUAUCUUCGAGCGUCUGAGCUUCAGAAGGAAGGGAAGAAGAUCAUCUUCACAAAUGUUGGCAACCCCCAUGCCCUUGGACAAAAGCCCCUAACCUUUCCUCGCCAGGUAAUUGCUCUUUGCCAAGCCCCGUUUUUACUGGAUGAUCCGAAUGUGGGACUUGUAUUCCCUGCUGAUGCAAUUGCGAGAGCUAAACAAUACCUUUCAAUGACUUCUGGGGGUCUAGGUGCUUAUAGUGACUCCCGUGGCAUUCCUGGAGUAAGGAAAGAAGUGGCAGAGUUCAUUGGGAGACGUGAUGGAUACCCAAGUGAUCCCGAGCUCAUAUUCCUGACUGAUGGGGCCAGCAAAGGAGUUAUGCAGAUCUUGAAUAGUAUCAUCCGGGGUCCAAGUGAUGGGAUAUUGGUCCCAGUUCCACAAUACCCGUUGUACUCAGCUACAAUAUCUUUACUUGGGGGCUCUCUUGUUCCUUACUAUCUUGAAGAGACCGCAAACUGGGGUCUUGAUAUCAACGACCUUCGUCGUUCAGUUGCAGAUGCUCGAUCCAAAGGACUAACUAUACGGGCAAUGGUGAUUAUAAACCCUGGAAAUCCUACUGGGCAAUGUCUUAGUGAAGCAAACUUGAAGGAGAUAUUGCAAUUCUGUUACCGAGAAAAUUUGGUAUUGCUUGGGGAUGAAGUUUAUCAACAGAACAUCUACCAAGAUGAGCGGCCCUUUUUAAGUUCAAGGAAGGUUUUAUUGGAUAUGGGCCCACCCAUAAGCAAAGAACUUCAGCUCGUCUCUUUCCACACGGUCUCAAAAGGAUACUGGGGUGAAUGUGGACAGCGCGGUGGCUAUUUUGAGAUGACUAAUAUCUCUCCCAGGAGUGUUGAGGAGAUAUACAAGGUUGCUUCGAUAUCCCUUAGUCCAAAUGUGCCCGGGCAGAUAUUUCUAGGGCUAAUGAUGAACCCUCCUAAACCUGGAGAUAUCUCUUAUGAUCAAUUUGCCAGGGAAAGCAAAGGUAUCCUUGAGUCGCUAAGGAAGAGGGCACAUAUAAUGACUGAUGGAUUCAAUAGCUGCAGAAAUGUUGUCUGUAAUUUCACAGAAGGUGCCAUGUAUUCCUUCCCACAAAUACGCUUGCCCCCAAGAGCUAUUGAGACUGCACAAGGUCUUGGAAAGGCUCCUGAUGUUUACUACUGUCUCAAGCUCUUGGAAGCCACCGGCAUCUCCACCGUCCCUGGCUCAGGGUUCGGUCAAAAGGAAGGGGUUUUCCACCUUAGGACGACUAUCUUGCCAGCUGAGGAAGACAUGCCAGCAAUAAUGGCGAGUUUCAAGAAGUUCAACGACGAGUUCAUGGAUCAAUAUGAAGACCACAGAGGUUAUUCAAGGAUGUGACAGAUGGUUUGACUGCUGAUAAUAUCAAACAACUCUUAAAUUCUAUAAAUACUCUUUCCUUUCUCAGUUCACUCACUGAUUGGUGGUUUCAGGUUAUGUAUGUUUCAAAUACUUUGAGCAUCUACUUUCAAUAUAUUUAGUCCAUAAAUAAAUUUCUACAGAAAGUAGUUUCUUUUUGCUUUUCCCAA